CACUGAACGCACGUAUCGACAGCAAUCCGCAAGCGAUGUCUCGACCGUUCGGCAACCGGAAAAAGAAGGUGACAUUUGGAGGGCAACUAAUUUACCGUGAAGCGGCGGGGGAAAGCGCUCAUCGCCAUCGCAAUGUAAUUCGGUCCCACUUCGCUCUCCUUGUCAAAGAACUGAAGUUAUCUUCUCCUUUUUAUCGGGCUUUGAAGGAGAAGGGUAUCUUAACCACCGAGCAAGUGGGGCAGAUUGAGUUAGAGAGCUUGCCAGACCUGAAGGUGGCCAAACUGCUUGAGAUUGUUAGAAAUGCUGAUAGCCACGUGUUCAAGUCAUUUUGCAGUGUUCUGGGUGAGAUGGGAUAUUGGUACCUAGCGCAGACUCUUCAAACGGCCACUGAAGAAAAGGAAUGGAUAUCUUCUACAGGUGGCUCCAGGCCAACACACUCAACAAUGCAAGACUGGAACUCAGUAAAGCUCAGUCAUUCAAUCCCUGAGCCAGGAUGCAUUUGUAGAAAUGAUAAACAGACCUUGAAAGAAAUAUUUCUCCUUUCCAAAGAAGCCAAUAAAAAUCUAAAAGAAGACAACCUGGAGUUAGGUCAAAAGGUGGGACUUAUGAGGGAAGAAUAUUUACAAAGAUUACAAGUACUUGAAGAAGAAUUAGCUUCUGUGACUCGCGAAAGAGAUAUGAGUGUGAGGGAAUGCAAUAUCACAAUCCUAGAAAUUCAAGAGCUACAAAAUCUCAACCACGAGCUCCAGGAACUAAUAAUAAAGCUGGAAAAUUCUAAACUUAAUGCAACACGGAAGUAUCCUGGAUACAGUGUUGACAUGGUCCCUGUACCACCAUUGACUGAUGGGCAAAUAAGUCUGCUGCUUACCUUCAAUCAACAUGGGCAAAUAACUGAUUAAUAUAAUGUAACUGCAUCGAACACUGAUAACCAUUGAGCAGCUGCCUGAGCCUGUGACAUUAAACAUGCAGACUGGUACUUUAUUUAAAAUGAACAGCUAAUUGAAAAAUAAAUUAAGA